CCUCACUAUGGAAGGGGAGGAGAGCCCGUUGUCCGGGAUGAAGGGCAAUCGGGUUCAGUAAAGUAGAGGAAAAAAACUUCGUCGGAAUCCCACGCGGGUGUCAUAUAAUGGACUUUCUCCUUAGUGGAACGGCGGCGUGUGGAGCGUGUCUCAUAACCAACCCGUUAGAAGUGGUCAAGACUCGCAUGCAGCUGCAAGGGGAGCUCAAAAGUCGGGGCACCUAUCAGGUUUAUUACCGUAAUGUCUUUCACGCUUUCUAUACCAUAGCAAAAGUGGACGGACUGGCUGGUUUACAAAAAGGCCUCGUGCCCGGACUAUGGUAUCAGUUUUUUAUGAACGGGGUCCGCCUCGGUUCGUACGCGAUCAUCGAGACCUCUGGCCACAUCCACACUGAUGGAAGAGUCAGUGCACCUAAGACCAUCAUAGCUGGAGCUACAGCGGGGGUGGCAGGAGCCGUGAUGGGCAGCCCUGUGUAUUUGGUAAAGACUCAUUUGCAGAGUCAGUCAACUGCCUCCAUUGCUGUGGGACACCAGUACAAACACCAGGGAAUGUCACAUGCCCUGGUGACGAUCUAUAAGAAACACGGCAUUCAAGGACUGUGGAGGGGUGCAAGCGCUUCCGUCCCGAGGGUCAGCGUGGGGUCAGCAUCUCAACUGUCCACCUUCUCCUCUGCUAAAGAGCUGGUGGUUGAUCUUCAGGUGUUUCCAAAGAACAGCUGGUUGGUGGCCCUGAGUGCCGGCAUGAUCAGCAGCGUGGUGGUGGUGCUCGCCAUGACUCCUUUUGAUGUGGUGAGCACGAGGCUUUACAACCAGCCUGUGGAUCCGCAGGGCAAGGGGCUGCUCUAUAAAGGGUUUACUGACUGCUUUUCAAAGACACUAAAAAAGGAGGGGCUAAUGGGACUCUACAAAGGUUUGGGAGCCUCCUAUUUCCGAAUUGGUCCUCACACCAUCCUUUCUUUGUUCUUUUGGGAAGAAUUGCGCAAAUUCUACCAACUGCGCAGAUAACACUUUGAAGCAGGAAGUUGAAAAUGGUGAGUCGUUAGGCUACGAGUCACAGGUUCCAAGGAAUUCUCAAUGAAUUUUUUUAUUAUGAGGUUAAAGAAAAAACAGGAAUUGGUUUUCUUUUCUCAUAAGGAGCCAGGGUAAUAUUUAAGAAAGAACACAGUAGCAUGAACGAGGAAAGGGAAAUAAAAAAAGAAAAUUAAAAAUGGUAGUAUGUACAACGCUCAGCACCUCACCGCAUCAAAUGUGGUUGAUGACUUUUCAAAUUUAAUGGAUUGCAAUACAAUUGGCCUGCUACCUCCAAUAAUGUAUCAUUCCGUGCCAACCUAUCGAGAGGAUCCCGCUGUAUCCAGCCAUGAUCCAGUGCUGAAGCUAAUCAAUGAUCUCUUCUGAUCUUCUUGUAGCGUCAUCAUUAAUUUUAGCACAGUGUUGAUGAACCCUAACAAACAAGCUGGCAUAUUUUUUUUUUACGGUUUAGUGGCUCACAUUUCCAUAAAAAAGAAAACACUCCAUUUUUUUUCUUCAUAUAAGCAUUGAUUACUUCAUCCUCGAUCAUGAACUAAAAUUGCUUUUAAUUUACUGGAUUGGUGAAUAUUGUGUCUCAUUAUAAGAUGAUGGUUGCCUAUGGUACAAUGUGCAAUUUUAUCAAGUUGGUUACAAUAGUAUUUGCUGCUAAAAGAAAAAAAAACAACCCUAAUUUUAAAGAAAUGCCUAUUUAUGAAAUGCAUAAAAAUUAAGACAAAUAUAUAUUUUGUAUCAGUUUUCAUAUUUAUGAAAAUACCCCUUAAAGUGCUAUCAAACUGCUUCAUCAUUAUCCAAGUGUCAAAUGUAAUCAUAAAAAAAGGCUUGGCCUGUUUGGAUUUUAGAGCUUUAAUAUCUGGUGCUGAUCAGUAUUUAUAUGUCAGUUGCACUUGUACAUUUCUUUUGUGUGUUCUGGAACAUUUUUGUUUGGUGACUAAUGAACUCAGUACAGUCUGCCUGAGUGAUUAGUGUUCACGUAGAUAGAUGAAAGACAGACAUUACUGAGUAACGAAACGUUCAGGAAAUUCCUCAGAAGCUAAACUUGUGCCAUUGCUUACUCCAAUAAUUGUAAUGUUAGCAUAGUCUGACCACAAAUUUGGAUCAGGCGAAGUAGGUUACACAUAUCACAAAAAGACAUUAAACCAACCUUGCUUCAACUUUGGUAACGUUACAUUAAAAAAAAAAGCUUGUUACUUUUAAUAAUAAUUUAUACAAUUAAUUAUUCGGUAUACUGGUUUAUUUGAUGAAAAUAUAUUUUUCAAAUAUUUGAAUACUGUGUCAAACACUGGCGAUAAUGUUCUCUAAAUGGCGUGUUCCAUAUGACCAGUGUGGUGCUUUUACAUGUGUAUUCUUCAGUCUAACUGUAUUCAUACCCUGUUACAUGUGGUAACAUAUUCACUGAAUGAUUUAAACUAUUCUGCCUUGAUUUGGGCAACUACUGUUUGUGCAGGACGAAAAAGAAAUGCCAAUAAAUCAUCUUUGGACUAUA